GAAAGAUAGACACGGUAUUUAUUUCCUGUAUUAGCUGCAGAAAGCCUCCUCUAACACCGAACACAAUUCACCAACAAGAUACCCAACAUGGAGAGUCCGCUUCCAUUUCUCUUCCUCAUGCUUUUCCACGGAGCCAGGACAUGCCCAACACCCUGCACCUGCGCACCCCUGGGAACUGGAGAGCUGCAUGUGGGCUGCAGCCGCCUGGGACUUCACACUCUACCCACGCUGCCAGACGCCACCGUUAGUCUCAACCUUCAAUACAAUCAACUCACAACCGUGGCACCAGGAAGCUUUGAUAAGCUUCGCAACCUUAGGACGCUACAGCUAGCCCACAAUCCUUGGGUGUGCGACUGCGACAUUGUGUAUCUCAAGCACUGGCUCGAGGACAACAAGGUCAACGUGAUGGUGGAAGAAGUCAAGUGCGCAAAACCUGCACACACCAAGGGCAGAGCCAUCACCCAGCUGCACGGCAACGAGUUCCCAGGCUGCAACCCAUCCAAAAAGCUGGACUGCUCUGGUUACUUUAAAAGAUCCAUGAUCCUGGCAGGCAUUGCCUUGCUAUCACUCCUGUUAAUGGCCUGGCUGACGUGGUGCUCUAAAAGGCUGCUGCUCCUUAUUGCAAAGAAACCAUUGUAAAAAAGGUUUGAUCAAGAAGCACAUCUUCAGUGACGGAGUGAUUUUGUUUGCACACAAGUUAAAUGCGUAUGUAGUGAAAGGUGUCAACUGGAAAUUUAAACUCGUGAAAAACCCAUGGCCAGGGUUUAUCUGGGCUUGUAGCAGCAGAGCAGCAAACGUCUGCUUGGCAUCUUUAAAGCAAUUCUCAACUGUAAACCAAUCCUUUCUGCUUUCUGUGAUCUUCCUACUUUUAAACCUUUCAAAAUGUGUAUUACACAAAAUAAUAAUGCCAUUUUUUUGUGCAUGUAAAAAGUCAGCAUUUCUUAUAAUAAAAUCU